CAAACAAACCCACAAUAUGCAAUCAACACACUGUUAAGGAAUAAAAAUUUACAUAUUCUUUAAUAUUCUGAAAAUUAUUUAGUUUUUUUGUUAGCCUAAGAUAAGGAAAAAAUGCCUCGGCGUGUAAAGGAUGAUGACGAGAGAAUCGAAAAUAUCAUUCGUGGUCUUCUCAAGCAAUCGGGGAAUAGAAAAUGCAUCAACUGCAAUAGUUUGGGCCCUCAAUAUGUCUGCACAACAUUUUGGACUUUCGUCUGCACGAAUUGUAGCGGUGUACACCGAGAAUUCACACAUCGGGUAAAAUCAGUGUCGAUGGCCAAAUUCAAUGAAGAUGAAAUUAUAGCUCUUCAAGCGGGAGGAAAUGAGCGAGCUAGGGAGAUUUACUUUAAAGCUUGGGAUCCACAUCGUAAUACUUACCCCGAUGGCAGUAAUCUGAAUAGGCUUCGUGAGUUUGUAAAACACGUGUACAUUGAUCGGAAGUAUGCCGGCGAAAAUAAACAGCUACCCAUGCCUAAAUUGGACUCGUGCCCAAACCGUGGGAGAUCGUUGGAUCAAUCCAGUCCGUUCAAAAAGAACGGUGGGAUCACAUUUAGGGAUCUUCUAGAAGAGAGGAGUCCCCAAAGCUCAAAAAAUCGUCAUUUUGAAAUUGUUGACGAUAGAUUCCGGGAAGAUGGGAGCAUCAAGCGGUACGAUCACCGGAGCUCCGGCAAGGAUCCGAGCCGAUCGCCAAUAUCUCACGACGUUGGGUCGCUCAAUUUUGAGAUUUUGAGGGAGAAAAAAAUCAAGGGACCACCCAAAAAUACUGAGAAGAAGGAUAUCGAUGAUGAGGCCACUACGAUAAGUCAAAAUACAACUGGUGCUACUAUCCUCCCACGACUGACGAAUCAAAAACAAAACGAGACUUUAGAUCCUUGUAGCUUGAUCGAGUUUGAUGACGAAAAGGCCGAGCCUGAUAAUAAUCCACCAGAAAUAGAAGCACCCAAAUCAACAACAUCCUCUAAAAACAAUAACGAUAGCACAUUUCCAUCUACCCACAUAGCUCCUAACAAUCCCAACUCAUUAGAGUCUUUGCUAUUUAACUCGGUAAAACCUGUGAGUUCACCUCCAACUGCCAUAUUUGAAGCUUCUUCUUCACAUCUUAAUAAUGCAUCCAUGAAAAAGGUUGAGAUCCUACAAAAUGAUCAACCAAUGGACGAUAGCCGUAAAAAUCCUCACCUCCAUUCGCUGCAGGAAGAUGAGAUGUCUUUUAAUCCUCAUGGUGACAUCAAUGCUCGACAAGUUUCGAAUAGCUCACCCAAGUUGAAAGAUGUAAAGUCGGUUCGAAGUAUUCCAAUUGAUCAACCAUCAGAAGCUUUGGCUCAAGGGGAUGGAUCAAAAGCUAGUUCAAGGAAGGAAAUCCCGGAGGUAGUGGCCAACUUGUAUUAUAGAGGUCUUUUCACUUCAAACUUUGCCUCCCUUCCCCCACCAAAUAUUGGUUGGCAGAUGCACCAAACAUAUGGAAUGGGAUACGACAUGCAAUUUCGCUCUCCAGAAAUUUCUGCAACUGCUCUUUACAAUGCUUCAAGACCCGAAAAUCCAUUUGAUACCGGUGACAAACGAUUCCAAUCUCAAGUAGCAAUGUUUCCUUCCAUGUCACCAUUGCAAGAAGGAUUUUCAAACAUGGCAGUCUCAGCUGGAUUAGUAUCUCAGCCAUCACAUUGUGCAAGGCCAAUGGUUCCUCAUGUGUUUUCAACUAACAUGCAUUUAGGUCCUGGAGGUUACAUGGUACAACUACCAAAUAACAUUCCACAGCCUAGGCCACAAGCAAGUGAUUUUAGCUUGACCAAAAGUGAGGAUGCAUUUGCAUCCAUUGACCCAAUUUGUUUAACAAGUGGAACAAACUCUUCGCCUACGAUACCUAAUUCCACGUUAUCAAGAACAGGAAAUCCAUUUGGAUAGCACCAAUGGUCGACAUGAUUUGUGGUAUUGAGAAAAUGCAAUGGAACUAACUCUUGGAAAUUAAGGUGAAAAGAAUGGUGCAUAUGUGAUUUAUGUUAGAGGUGGCAUGUGCAUGUAUGAUGCUUGUAGAUGUGUUUUUGCUUAACUAUUGGCUCAUCAUACAUUACCUUUCUUGUGUAUUUUGUUAUAAUCUUAUAGAUGGAUUGUAAAUCAAUUAGUUUGAUUAUUCUACAAGUGAUUACGUCAUAAAUAAUUCUACUAUCAUAAUUAAACAUUGUAGAAUAUUGAUUAAUCAUUUGGUUGCAAAUUAUGA